GGAGAACAAGAAAAAAAAUAAAAUAAAAAUCUGCAUGAAUAAAAAUGGAUGAAGAUGGGUGUAAUGUUUAAGAAUGGAUAAUGAUACUUCUGAGUUUCUUCUCUGGGAAUUUUCAAAGAUUUGGGAACUACAGAUUAUGCAUGUGGUUUUGCUACUGAUACUCUAUUUAAUGACUGUGACAUGGAAUCUUCUCAUCAUCUCAGCUGUUGUUUGUGAUCACCAUCUUCACACCCCCAUGUACUUCUUCCUGAUGAAUUUAGCCAUGCAGGACAUUGGCUCAGUAUCAGUCAUUAUUCCUAAAACUCUUUUUAAUUUUCUUACAGAUUUAAGAAGUAUUUCUCAUUCUGGCUGUAUUGCCCAAGUCCUGUUUUUGUUGUUUUUCCUGAGUUGUAAUAUUUCUCUCCUCACUGUCAUGGCCUAUGAUCGAUAUUUUGCCAUUUGUAAGCCUUUACAUUAUGAAAUGAUAAUGAACAGGAAGGCCUGCGCCAAGAUCAUUGCUGGUGUAUGGACUGCCAGCCUUCUUAAUGCUUCAUUACACACUGUUUUCACUUUUAUGACUCCUUUCUGUUCUAAUAGUAUAAACCAAUUUUUCUGUGAAGUUCCAUAUUUACUUAAGAUCGCCUGUUCUGAAUUAUAUGUAUCUGAAGGAUUUCAAAUUUUCAGUGCUAUGUUAGCCAUUGGUUGUUUUGCCUUUGUCAUUGUGAGUUAUGUGCAUGUCUUCUCAGCAGUUUUGAGAAUUCCUUCUGUUCUAGGAAGAAAAAAGGCCUUCUCUACUUGCUUACCGCAUCUGGUUGUUUUCUUCAUAUUUUUGUUUACUUCUUGCCUUGCUUACCUCAGACCUACAGGUGACAGUGAAUCACAUCCAAACUUCAUAAUAACAAUAAUGUAUUCCAUUAUUCCAUCUAUGUUGAAUCCAUUAAUCUACAGCAUGAGGAACAAAGACAUCAAGGUUGCUCUUUCAAGACUUUUUGGUAAAAAAUAUUGUUCUUUUAAGUAGAAUAUGUUGUACAUCUUCUUAUUUUCAAAUAAGAGAAAGCAAGAGAGAUGAUACAAAUAAGAUGCAAAUGUACAUAUUUUCACAACAAUUUUCCACUUUCCAAUAUAUUAUAUAAAGUUCAAAGGGUUUUUUAAAUUUAUUUAUCAGAUUUGACUUAUCUCUGGUAAGGUUGGAGUUGUGGUGCAUUGAAUCAUAUCUGAUUGUUAAUUACUACAGAGACAUACAUGUUCAAUUUUCUUGCCAGCAUUUUAAAUAGUAGCUGAGAGAGGAAGUUUCCUGCAAGGAUACCCAGUUGGGUAGUGCUGGACCCCUGCUCAUUUUUCCCCAGUUCGUUGACUUAACCACCAGAUGAUACUGUCAGAAUACUUAGACAAAAGUUUGUAUCCUUUGUUUGAUUCCAAAGUGUCAGAGAUAAUUAUCACAACAGUUAUUCUGCAAAAGACAGUUAACAGAUAAAAAAAUUAGAAUAGUAUGAAAUAUUGAAUUUAAUACAACUUUACAUAUUUCCAAUAUGGAUGUAGUACAGAAAAUCUAUAAACAAUGGAUUUAUUAGGAGAAAGCAUUUGAAAGUAAAUAAUCCUGUUUGUGUAUUUUACAAAAAAAAUACACAAAUUGUGUUCAAGAAUUUCAUAUGAGAAAUGUUUAUUGAGGUUUUCAUUUUUUUAAUAUAUUUUAUUGAUUUUUUAUAAUAACAAUCAUUAGUACUUGGUAAACAACGUGUUGUCUGGGUUCAUAUAUUUAACAACAAUCAAUAAUAGUUAAUUUCUAUGAUUUCAUAAUCAAUAUACUAACUAGAAAUACCUUUUCUUGAUCUUCUCUUCUUCCAAUAAUAUUCUCCUUUUACCAACAUUGAGCAAAUAUAGUUGUUAGUAUUUUCAAUACAUGUAAAGUUGAAUAUAUAUUUUUAAUAUUUAUAUGAAUAACAAUAACAUCCAUAUGUAGCAUCUUUUCUAAUCAGCUUGUUUUACAAAUGCAUUUGCAAAAAAUCAUCUUAUGUAAAUCACUGUAAGUCCUGUUCUCAGAAUUCUUAUGUAAGCUUAAUUUUCCUACAGUAAUCAAAACAUUUCUUAUCAAUUAUAAUUUUCUCAAAAUUGAUUAUAUUUAAAUAACCAAAACAUUUUGUUUGUUUAAUUCAUCCCAUUAUUUUUACAUUUCCCGUAUCAUAAAGUGAUACUAUACUAUUUACAAAUCUCUUGCUAUAAAAUCCAUUCAUAUCCAGAAUUUAACUAUUCUUUUAACCAUAUUCAAACAAGUGUUUAGUCAUGUAGUACUCUAUCUGGUAGGUUAAAUCAUCUCUCUUGAGUCUAGCUCUCACCUUCUUCUUUUUCCAGGCAGCUCUUUGAAUCAGUGUGUUCAGCUUGCCAGGGGAUUCUUCCUGUAUUUUUAUAAGUGUUGUUAAAAAUGGAAAAGACAUGUUGAGUAAGACGCUUUUGAGGGGGAGUUUCACCCAAUUAUAUUUGUUAAGAAGCUUCCACUUUCCUUCUCCCUCAAUUUCUCUUUUCAUCUUUUAUCCCUCAAACUCUAGUGACAGCUCUAUGGUCCAUUUUAUCAAAUCUUUUUUUUCUUAUCCUCAGUUUUGUUUUGAAAUCCUAAACAAUAAAAUGUUUUUUAUAUUUCUGAUAUUAUGGCAAAUUCUUGCAGAUUUUUCUUUGUCUGUGUUAAACUAAUUUUUCUUUGUUUGUAGCUGUAAUAUAUUGAGGAAAGUCUGUGAAUUAAGAUGCUGAGGACUGUGAAGAAACGGUUAGCUGGCGACGUGGCAAACAUGCCAGACUUUCUGUCUUCAAACUACUUAUUAUGCAUUUAAGUGGGAGAAUACUGUGUUCCUUUAGGCUGAGUUUAUAAGUAUGGGUGGAGUAUUGGUUGUUCAGUUUCAUUUUUGACUUAAAAAUAAAGAAAGUUGUUUUUCA